AUGAUUCAGGAGCAAUGGGAAGUUGCCUAUAAUUUAGCAGCAGAUAAUCACAUAAAUCCAUAUGUUCAAAGCGUGAAGAUAAAUGGCAUAAAUUGGAGAAAAACAUGGUUUAGACAUUCAGAUAUUGCAAAAGGGGCGAUUAUGGAAUUAGUUAUGGGUCCAGAACCAAGUAAGGUUUGGGGUGUUAUUGAUGAAAACGAAGAUAGAUUUGAUAUAGAAGAUAGAAUCGUGCCACCUAGUAUGAGUAGUGUUGAGGAUAAUGAAAUAUAG